CAGAACCCAGACCAGUACCUAGUCGACCCGCAAACCCUGGCACCUCCGCGAACUCUUUUGUGCUUGUCCUGCGCCUAUCCUGGAGGUAGCCUAUACAUCUUGCAUGGCCAAAACACGAGAUUUGUCCCCUUUCCACACCUGAUACUACUCACGUAGAAACACUCUCUGACCUGUUUAACGACCGCUGGGCUUAUUGCCGUUUGUUCUUUUUUCUCCAACAUCACUCACUCCUUCUCUAAUUCGAUCCCUUACACACCACAUUGCAUCGAGGCUUCUUGACCUUUGCCUGCGCCCGGCCAACUCUCCCCUUAUUGACGACGCUCUUUUUACUCGCCGUUGGUCUGGCCCGUAAAGCACCAACUCUGACGGACUGGGCUUCAGAUAAACACACCAAAGUCCUUCUCCACCUCAGCUGAAACCGCUCCACCAUCAACUUCAACUUCAACCAUACCUCCUACACCCGCUGACUCCAACAGUUCGAGUUGGUCAUUAUACGGAGUACAGCAUCCCACAAUUCUCUUGCCUAUAUACCAUCCCCGUCUAAGGUUGCAUACUUGAAACCUGCUGGGGACAUUCCAACCUACUGCUCACGGACCGUUAUCCACUCCUCCUUAAACUCUUUGCCAGCCAUGGCAUACAACCGGCUCGGAACUCCCACACGGGAUGGUCAAUUCCCCGAGUCCAGAUCUCCCUCGCCUGGUCGACCCCUCCAACCAUAUUCCAAUCUUGACCAAGCCUACUCGAGACAAAAUCUUCAGUUGCAACUGCCUUUGGCCUCUCAAGACCGACUAGCAAUGCAACCAACAUACUCGGUGGAAAAUAUCCACAACUCUCAUGGUCACAAUGCUCAGUACGAGCAACACCAAGGUCAGAUGCCGACCGCAGGCGACAUCAGUUAUGGCAGGAAUGAUUACAUUGUAUCCCCUGAAGAUCACCAUGAUCAAUACUACACUCAGCCCUAUUCACCUCAUCCCCAAGGCGACUAUGCCCUCGACCCUUAUCCCACCCCAGACCAGGGCUACCGAAAUGAUAACGACCGCGUUCCCAUUUUGCAGCCAGACAGUGCUUACGGACCGGAUCCUCAUUCCCAGCCUGCCCAAGGCGACUUUGAUGGUUAUCACGAUAAUGCGCGCCCGACGCCUUCGCCAGCCCCUAUUCGUCGUUGGAAGACGGUCAAAGAAGUCCAACUAUUCAACGGCAACCUCGUUCUGGACUGCCCAGUACCUCCUACCCUCCUGAGCCAGGUCCCCCAUGCAACCCCUCCAGAACGUGACGAGUUCACCCAUAUGCGAUACUCAGCUGCAACCUGCGACCCUUCCCAAUUCUAUGAGGAACGCUUUACCCUACGUCAACGCCUGUUUGCCAAACCCAGACAGACUGAGAUCUUCAUCGUCGUCACAAUGUACAACGAGGACGAUUUCCUGUUUGCUCGCACCAUGAUUGGUGUAUUCAAGAACAUCGAAGUUAUGUGCAACAAAGGCUCAAGUCAGACCUGGGGCAAAGAGGCCUGGAAGAAGAUAGUCGUCUGCAUUGUGAGUGAUGGCCGUGCUAAAAUCAACCCCCGAACUCGAGCUGUACUUGCUGGUCUGGGCGUCUACCAGGAUGGCAUUGCCAAACAACAAGUCAACGGGAAAGAUGUCACUGCCCACAUCUACGAAUACACUACCCAGUUGGGCAUCGAGCUGAAAGGAAGCCAAGUGUCACUGAAGCCGAAAGGAGCUACUCCCGUCCAGCUCCUCUUCUGCCUCAAGGAGAAGAACCAGAAAAAGAUCAAUUCCCAUCGUUGGUUUUUCCAAGCUUUUGGUCGCGUUCUGGAUCCCAAUAUCUGCGUCCUGAUCGAUGCCGGGACCAAGCCAGGGAAAGAUUCCAUCUAUCAACUAUGGAAAGCAUUUGAUCUGGAGCCAAUGAUUGGUGGAGCUUGUGGCGAGAUCAAGGUCAUGCUGGAACACGGCAAGAAGUUGUACAAUCCUUUGGUGGCCACGCAAAAUUUCGAGUACAAAAUGUCCAACAUCUUGGACAAGCCUCUGGAGUCAGCCUUUGGCUUCAUCUCUGUGCUUCCUGGUGCCUUUUCCGCCUACCGCUAUGUGGCAUUGCAAAAUGACAAAAACGGCGAAGGUCCACUGGAAAAAUACUUCAAGGGCGAAACGAUGCAUGCUGAUGCCGGCGUUUUCACGGCAAACAUGUAUCUGGCGGAAGAUCGAAUUCUUUGUUUCGAGCUGGUGAGUAAGCGCAACUGCCGCUGGCUGUUGCAAUACGUCAAGUCUGCCACUGGCGAGACCGACGUCCCAGAUCGAAUCGCCGAGUUUGUGUUGCAACGAAGACGCUGGCUCAAUGGCUCCUUCUUUGCCGCCGUUUACGCCGUCACCCACGUCUAUCAACUUUGGCGCAGCGACCACAGCGCCAUUCGGAAGUUCAUGUUUUUGAUUGAGUUUACCUACCAAACCAUCAACAUGCUUUUUGCCUGGUUUGCUAUUGGCAACUUCUUUCUGGUCUUCCGACUUCUCACCGCAUCCCUGGGAUCACCUGGACCUUUGGGUAGAGCUGGAACAAUCUUGGGAGUCGUCUUUGAGUUUGUCUACCUCGGUACUCUGCUCUACUGCUUUAUUCUCUCACUAGGCAACAGACCGCAAGGAUCUAAAAAAUCCUAUCUGAUGAUGGUGAUUUUUUGGUCGAUUCUGAUGGUGUGGCUGACGUUCGCUUCCAUCUACCUCACGGUUCGGUCGAUUCAAGCCCAAGUGGCGCAGAACGACUUUAGCAUUUCCACCGUCUUCACCAACAGUACCUUCUUUGGACUCAUCGUUUCAUUGGCGAGCACCUACCUGCUCUGGUUUAUCGCCAGUUUUCUGUUCUUUGACCCGUGGCACAUGUUCACCUGUUUUAUCCAAUAUGUCGUUCUCACGCCGACUUACAUCAAUGUGCUGAACAUCUACGCGUUUUGCAAUACGCACGACAUUACUUGGGGCACUAAAGGCGAUGACAAGGCUGAAAAACUGCCCAGUGCCAACGUCAAGCCAGGCGGCAUGGUGGAUGUUCUGAUUCCACAGGAUGACGGGGAUCUUAACGCUCAAUACGAAGCUGAACUCAAGAGAUUUGCUACAAAGGCGGUGAAAGAGGUCCAGGUUCUCAGCGUGGCCGACAAGCAAGAAGAUUACUACAAAUCCUUCCGGAGCAAUGUUGUUACGGUAUGGAUGCUAACAAAUUUCAUCCUCGUCGCCGCAGUUCUUAACGUGGCUGGGUUCCAAAGAAUAGUUGUCGACAGCAACGAUCCAGACCAGUCGGUACCCCAGCAGCAGAAUUCGACAAUCUAUUUGGCGGUCAUUUUGUGGUCGGUGGCUGGCUUGUCCCUUUUCCGCUUCAUCGGAGCGUGUUGGUUCCUCGUUGUCAGAUUGUUUCGAGGCGUUUGAGACUGAUGCAAGAACCGGCCCGAAUUGGGACGGAACAUUGACGAUGAUUAAUGAGCGACUUGGUCAUAAUGAUACCCGUCACAGAAGAAAUCCAAAUGCGAGUAGCCAUGAGCGAUUCGGCGUAUAUGGGAUGCAGCAGCGCAUCCUCGGCAUGUUUUGAUAGUAUAUUGAAUUGGAUAUCAGGAUCCAGGGCGGAAGACACAGCGGUCGAUGUAUAUAUAGGUAUAUGUACGGUCUUGCUUAGCCUAACUUCCGCUGGGCGUUAAUUGGAUAUGUAACCACCCCAUCAACCAAUCAGUGGAGUAGGUUGGGAACUAGACCUCAUAGUUUGGAGUAGACACAGAGAGCAAUUCCGGCACAGACCAAGAGCAUGCCGGCCCAAGUG